UCUUGUUUGUUUACCUUUCGUUUGAUUUUAUUUUCUUCAACUGUAAUCUAAUGUAAUUAAGUUUUUCUUUUAAUUUUGUUUAACUUUUAAUUGUUUAAUGAGUAACUAAAUUUGUCAACAGUUUAGAUGCCAAAGUAUCAGAAGAAGAUUAAAACUGAAGCAUUUAAACCUCUUCAGUUACAUGAUCAGGAAACAUUUGAAUUCCUUGGUAGAUAUUGUAAUUUACCUUCAUUCCAAGAUGACCGAUGGUUCAUUUCAAUUACCCAAUGUAACCUGAUUGAUUCUAGAAAUCGUUCUGAUUAUUAUCCUGUUAACUUAAAAUCGCCUUGUUUUAAGGUGACAAUAAAUGGAAACAAUGAUUCAAUCGAGGAAAAUGAAUGGAUUCAAUUGGACAUUUUUCAAACUCAUUUUAAUCCCGAGAGUGAAACUUUAACCUGUUACAUUGGUUCAGAAUCUUAUACAAUGGAAUGGAUAUCAAAACCUUUCUCAGUAGAUUAUUCGUCCAUUUUAAAUAGUCAAGAAAACAAUCAAUCCAAUUUAACUUGUCCAAUUGGUGAUUAUCUUGUGGUUGCCAGUUUGGGUGAUGGUAGAGGUUUUGAUGAUUAUGAGGUAGCAAAUUUCAUAGAGAAAACCGAACCACCAGUUAAUCGUAAAGGAUUAAUACAAGUUUGGAAAUUUGAUUCAAAUAAACUUGAAUGUGUCUGCUGUUUUGCCAACAAUUAUGGUACAAUUUGGGCAUUUGAAACACCUAAAGGUGGAACAUCUUAUUGUCCAGUUAAACGGAGACUUUCCUUGAUUGCUGCCGCUUUCGAUGAUGGUUUUGUAAGAAUAUUUUCUCUUCCAUUUCCAGAGGAUUUAAUUUCUCAACCAUCUUCUAGUCAAUCUAAUCAGUCAUCAUCUAUACUCAAUCAAUUACCUGCCAUUUAUAAUUUGCCACCGGUUGUUGUCUUGGAACCUCCAUUUUCCUCUCAUAUUGUUGCCCGAUGUUUAUCUUGGUCAUGGUGCGAUCAACAAAAUUAUCUUGCUGUGGGUUAUGGCAAUGGAAUGGUUAAUUACUACAAUUUAGCCACCACUUCAUCAAUUUUAGUUCAAAGUAAAAGUGAGACCAAUAAUGAUAAUAAUAUUAGCUUAAUAACGACACUUAAACCAGUUAAAACUUGGAUCGCUCAUGGGGCAAUGGUUAGUGCAAUUCAAAUCUUACCUUUACCUGAGAGUAAGAUAAUUGUGACCGGUGGUUGGGAUAGAAAUAUAAAACUAUGGAAUAUCCAUCAACCUCGUCUCCUUCCAAUUUUAAUUCUCCACCGAUCGGUAGUUAAUUGUCUGGUCUCUUCUCUUCAUUUACCUGGAGGUUUCUUUAUAACCCUGGAUGAAGCAUUUCUCGCCAGUAAUCAAUCAAUUGUUACCUUUAAACAAAUUUAUGAAGAAGGUCAAAAGUCAAGUGAAAAUCGAUCUCUUUACACAAUACCUUUCGAAACAUCAAAUGUACCAUCUCUUUCACUUUCACUUUUCUUCAAUUCGAUUCUUGUAUCAGACAAUUCGGGUAACUCAAUUCUACAGAAUAAUUUUCGAGCCAAACACGAGAAAACUACCCGUCGAAAAUUAUCUGACCUUUUGCCUGUAUUUACAAGUCAAUUAAAACAUCUAGUCGCUCAAAAUGCUGAUGUUGACAAAAGUGCUAAUAUAAUUGUGCCAAGUGAUACAACUCCCAUGGAGGUUGAUAACGAAAAAGAUCAAGAAUCUGUGACAAAAUCAAAAAAAUCUACAGCGUCCAAGAAAAAAGGUGCCACGAAAAAAGGUACUACGAAAAAAAGUGCCGCUACUAGUAAAACGGGGCCAACGUCAGAGGCGAAAACAGUUCUGCCAUCAAAUGGUUAUCUUAUCGAUAAAAGUGUCCAACGAGUUCGUAGUUAUAAGGAAAUGUCUUCCACUUAUGGAAUUAUUUUCAACGAUUUUACAAUAAACCAAAUGGGCCCUGCACUGGUUCCCAUUGUGAAUAAAUUUCGAGAAGCUUCAAACCUUAAACGAUCCCGAUUAACUGAUUAUCCAUUAACGUCCAUCAAUAAAUGCAUUUGGUCACCAAAUAGAGAGACUCGUAACAUUCUGGCGAAUCUUAUACACUCAGGUUUCAUUAGAAUUUCAACUUUGGCCAAAGAAUUCGUCGAAGAUGCAAAUUCAAGCUCAACCACAACCACUGGAUCUAAAGGAUCAAAAGUAUCAAAAGGAUCGAAAGGGUCGAAAGGAUCAAAAUCGACCAAGAAAAAAGACGAAGAAAGUGUUAAACCUCGAGUAUCAACACGAAGAAAAAGAUCACUCCCUUCUUAAUUGGAUCCUAAUUCCAUAAUGAAAUAAACAACCUAAUCUUCAUAA